AUGAGCUUUUUGCGUUUCAUUCGUGGUUUUGCUAACACGCAGAAGAACAAAAUCGAAAUCCUCAAAUUCGCCGAUAAGGACGGUGCUUAUCGCAGGUUGCCCUCCCAGUUCCGUAAUGCCAUCUCCAGGGAACCCAAUGCUGAAUUUCCUCCCGACUUGAACAGAUACCACCUUUACGUCUCUUUUGCGUGUCCAUGGGCCCACAGGGUGCUUAUCACCAGAGCCUUGAAGGGUCUCGUUCAGGCAUUGCCCGUUUCGGUUGUCCACUGGCACAUGGACGAAAACGGAUGGAGAUUCCCCACAAAGGAGGAAUUGCUGGGUCUCAAGAACGGUGACAUCUCUGUGGGUACUGCUGAGCCAAACUACGGUUUUGAGAGAUUGAAGGAGUUGUACUUCAAGGCUAACCCGGAAUACAACGGCAGAUUCACUGUUCCCGUCUUGUGGGACAAGCAGAAAGAGACAAUUGUCAGCAACGAAAGUGCUGAUAUCAUCCGUAUGCUCAAUUCCGAAUUUAACGAUUUGUUGCCAACCGACUAUGCCCAGGUCGACUUGUACCCAGAGAACUUGCGUUCCAGGAUCGACGAGAUCAACGACUUGGUGUAUGACAACAUCAACAAUGGUGUCUACAAGACGGGUUUUGCCACCUCUCAGGAAGUGUACGAGAAGGAGGUGAAGAAAGUGUUUGCUCACUUGGACAAGGUGGAGCAGAUUUUCAAGACCAACCAAGACAAGAACCACAAUGACAAGUUUUUGACGGGAACAACCCUUACGGAAGCGGAUGUUCGUUUGUUUACCACCAUUGUGCGUUUCGACCCUGUUUACGUCCAGCACUUCAAGUGCAACAUUGGCAUGAUCAGGUACCAGUACCCAUACAUCAACGACUGGUUGCGUUUGCUAUAUUGGAAGAUCCCAGCCUUCAAGGAUUGGACCAACUUCGAACACAUCAAGAAGCAUUACACCAAGUCGCAUAAGGCCAUCAACCCACACGGAAUCACUCCUGUGGGCCCCAUUCCCGACGUCGAAAUCGAGUAA